AUGGUAGGAUGGUGCCGUUUGAGAUUUCGUGGUCCAUCAGGUUUUGGUGUUUAUAUUCGUCAUGGUGAAGUACUUACUCAACCGGUUAUAUCGACCAAUCAUUCUGCUCGUAAUAUCUAUACAGAAAAUCUUCGUGAUGCUACAGCAGCUGAUACUUAUGUGUUACGUGGUGAUUCUGUUAAUGAAAUUUACGAACCGAUAUUUACUGUUCAUGGUUUUCGUUAUCUAUCUAUAUUUGGUUCGCCGAAUGCGUUGACAAUGGAUGAUGUUGAAUGUCCAUUUGUACAUAGUGAAACAACAUUGAAAGGUCAUUUUUCUACAAGUAAUCCUGUCGUUAAUCAAAUUCAACAUAAUAUUCAAUGGGGUCAAUUGAGUAAUAUUAUGUCUUUACCUACUGAUUGUCCACAACGUAAUGAGCGUCGAGGAUGGAUGGGUGAUGCAGCAUUAUCUGUCGAUGAAGCAUUGUAUAAUUUUGAUUUAAUCAAAUUUUAUCAGAACUUUUUAAAUUUGAUCAUCGAUGUUCAACGAGAUGAUGGUGAAGUACCUGAUUUUGUACCAGGUAAUAGUUAUCCACCCGAUCCAAAUUGGGGUACUGCGUUACCAACAAUAACUUGGCAAGUUUAUCGACACUACACUGAUGUUCAUACACUAGAGGCUUAUUAUAAUCAUGUAGUUGCCUAUGUGGAAUAUCUUCGUAGUGUUUACAAUUUAACAGGUCUUGUCAAUUUUCCUGUCAAAUAUGGUGAUUGGGUUCCACCACCACCACAGCCUAUGACAAAUAGACAUUUAAUUUCAUCAUUUGCUUUUCUUCAUGAUGUUUAUCUUUUAAUUAACAUGUCUCAAGUGCUUGGCAAACAGGAAGAUACUAAUACUUAUACAAUAUUAUAUCAAAAACUCGCCGAAGAAUUUCAUCAAGUAUUUUUUUCAACUUCAUCAAAUUUUUAUGCGGAUGGAAUGCAAGCAGCACAAGUUCUUGCUUUAGCAUUAUCUGGAGUUGUACCUGCUAAUGUUCGAGAAGCAGUUGUCAAUCAACUGGUAAAUGACAUCAAUCAAAAAGGUGUGCAUGUAACAACAGGUAUUGUAUCUACAGCUCAAAUUUAUCCAGUUCUUUCUGAUAAUGGACAUCAUGAUUUGGCACUUGAAUUAAUAUCAUCAACAACUUAUCCAUCCUAUGGUUAUAUGUUUACAAAUUCUUAUGAAAAUGCUACUACUAUAUGGGAACUUUGGAAUGCACCACUUACAGGACCUGGAAUGAACUCUCGUAAUCAUAUUAUGUUUGGUAGUGUUGGUGCAUGGUUUUAUUCACAUUUAGCUGGUAUUGAUGUUUCAUCAAAUAUGAUUACUAUUCGACCUCGAAUGGCUUCGGAAACUAAAAAACAUCUUAUGCCAAAAUUAGAUUGCCAAUUGAAUACAUUAUAUGGUCUUGUUCAUGUUUCUUAUACACGUGAUGAACGUGAUACUAUUGACAAUUCAAUUUUACUUCGUGUUACUAUACCACCAAAUGUACGAGCACGUGUUAUAUUUGAGUCAUUAUUUAUUGGUGGACAAUGUAAAAUAUUAACUGAAGGUCAUAAGAUUAUAUGGUCAUCAGAUGUCAGUAAGCGAAAUGUUGAAGGAUUUAAUAUUGAAAAAGAUUCAAAAACAGGUUUAAUGACAGUAUAUAUUGGCUCAGGACAACAAUUAACAACAAAAAUUACACUAAUACUUAUAACCAAUCAAAUAAUCUGGCCUAAUGGUAUUGUAGCAGCAGAUCAAUUAGUUGAAUAUUCAAUGAUUGUUCCAAGCGGUUUUCUUAUUCCUGGUAAAAAUAAAGAAAACCUAUAUGUCAUUUCGGACACCAAUGCAAUACCAUUAGUACCAGAUGAUAAAAGUAAAUGGUUUUAUCAUGAUGCUGAGUUCAAAGAUAUGGAUGGAGAUGGUUUUAUUGAUAUUGUGAGUGAACAUGUAAAUAUUCCAUUUGUUGGUAAAUCAACAACUCAAUUAGUUUGGUUGAAAAAUCCAGGAAAUCAAACAAUAACUGGCCCUUGGAAACUUUAUUAUUUAUUAUCGAAUGGUGGACCAGAUAUUCAAGUUCAAUUUGCUAGAGAUGAUUCAUUACAAAUAUAUAUUCUAUUAAUAUCAAUAAAACUUAAAAACUCGUUAUGUUUAAUUUCAUUAUUCUAG